AUGUGGCACUUUGACUACUGCACCAACCAUGAUUUGGUUCUCAACAAAGAAAAGAUGAAGACAAAGGAGCUGAUAUUUAGAACAAAGAAAAAUGAAGCUGCUGCAACUUACUUGACGAAUUAUUUAUUGUUGUCUUCAGAUGUGGUCGAGUCCGAUGAGAAGUUAAAAGAAGAGUUGGAGGAAGUCAAUGUAGUGUAUGCUGCGACUUGUGAAAAAGUAGAGAGGUUACAAGCUGAGUACGACAGGCUGAAAAAGGAUGCUGAUGAAAAAACCACACAUGACAAGAUUGUACAGAGGAAAAAAAUUGAUUUGGAAAACGAGUACGCCGUUUUGUCUAGGAGUAAAAUCAGCUCUCACGAUGAACAGUUAAAGGAAACCACGAAGAUGAGAUACAAGGCCUUGCGAAAUAUUACUCAAGUUCGCUUUACUUUUGAAGAAUCGGACAACAACAGGCUCGAAGGGUUGGCCUUCAACCUGGUUAACAACAAAACCAAAUACUUCACAAUCAGCAAUUUAUCGAAACUCAAACCCGAUCAGAUCUCAGAACAUAUCAUGGUAGCCAUGGAAGCAGUUUCAGGAACAAAUUAUGCAGACAUCGCUUUGGAAUGAAGUUUCAAUCUUUGCUAUGAGGUCUUUGUACAGAAAUUGCUUUUAAAAUUAUGUUUUAGUUUUGUAUAUGUCUUUAUAUAAUAUUUACACAAGAAUAUAUUAUAUCUUUAAACUAA